UUCCAUGAGAAGUCGCUUGAAACAGACAUUUAAGAGAGAUAACGCGAAUCGGACAAGUCUGAAUUAUUCACAGCAAUAAUAUUAAUAAUCACAACUUUUAACACCGAGCGCUACAAGAUGGCGGACAUUAUUCAGAAGAAACUGCAAACGGAAGUCGAAAAAUACCAGCAAAUCCAAAAAGACCUCAGUAAGAGCAUGUCCGCUCGACAGAAGCUCGAGGCUCAGCUGACAGAAAACAACAUUGUGAAAGAGGAACUGGACCUGCUGGACUCUCAGAACCUGGUGUACAAGCUCAUCGGACCCGUGCUGGUCAAACAAGACCUGGAGGAGGCCAAGGGCACCGUGGGGAAGAGACUGGAGUACAUCAACGGAGAGAUUAAGCGGUACGAGACUCAGAUGAAGGAGAUGGAGAAGCGAUCGGAGCGGCACCGCGAGGUUCUGGCGGGCCUGCAGCAGGAGUACCAGAAGAGCCAGGGGAAAGUACCUGUCAAGGUCUAGAGGCAGGCAACCAUCACACUGAGACACCGAGACCGAGGCACAGUGACACACACACACACCCACUGAGAGACACACACCGACUGAGACACACACACACACACACACCGACUGAGAGACACACACUGACUGAGACACACACACACCGACUGAGAGACAGUGACAGACUGACACACACACACACACCGACUGAGAGACAGUGACAGACUGACACACACACCGACUGAGAGACAGUGACAGACUGACACACACACACCGACUGAGACAGUGACAAACUGACACACACACACACUGACUGAGAGACACUGACAGACUGACACACACACACCGACUGAGAGACAGUGACAGACUGACACACACACACUGACUGAGACAGUGACAAACUGACACACACACACACUGACUGAGAGACACUGACAGACUGACACACACACACCGACUGAGAGACAGUGACAGACUGACACACACACACUGACUGAGAGACAGUGACACACACACACACCCACUGAGAGACACACACUGACUGAGACACGCACACACACACACACCGACUGAGAGACACUGACAGACACACACACACACACACACAGACUGAGAGACACUGACAGACACACACACACACACACACUGACUGAGAGACAGUGACACACACACACACCCACUGAGAGACACACACUGACUGAGACACGCACACACACACACACCGACUGAGAGACACUGACAGACACACACACACACACACACAGACUGAGAGACACUGACAGACACACACACACACACACACAGACUGAGAGACAGUGACAGACACCCACACACACACACACAGACUGAGAGACAGUGACAGACACCCACACACACACACACUGACUGAGACACACGCACUGACAGACAGCCACUCCAUUGAUCUGUGUGGCUGCUCUAGGAAUCAGUUCUUUUUAGUAGCUCUUGUUUGCUGAGUGACUCGCGGAAGGACUCGUCUAAUUGAUGGCCAGCGGGAUGACGACGAUGAUGUCAGUGCUGCUUGCUGUCCCAUCAUGCAGUGCGCUGGCUGCACACUGUUCAAGAUCUUAUUUAAUGUUCCUUUGUAUCACUGCAGAAUAAAACAAACACACAGUCUGCAAAUCUC